CACGGCGCGGGGCAAGCGCCCCGGGGCCCGGCCCCCCUCAGCCCCCGCCUCCGGGAGGAGCCAGCGCCGGGCCCCGGGGCCGCGCCGCCGGCUCGGCGGGGCCGGCAGUGAACGGGCGGCGGGUGCCGCCACCGCCAUGAAGAACCCCCGGGAGGCCUGCGAGCCGCCGCCAGUUGACUGCAUCCAGCUGAAAGUGCCAGUGAUUCAGCAGCUGUACCACUGGGACUGCGGGCUGGCCUGCUCCAGGAUGGUGCUGCAGUACCUGAAUCAUUUGGACAAUGAUGAGUUUCAGAAAGCCAUCCAGGAACUCCAGUUAACAAAGAGUAUCUGGACUAUUGACCUGGCCUACCUAAUGAGGCACUUCGGAGUUAAGCAUAAAUUUUGCACCCAGACACUCGGAGUGGACAAGGGCUACAAAAAUCAGGUACAGCCUGGGCAGCAGCAGUGUUUAGCUUCCACACUUUCCCCACCACCGUGCCUCAGCCUUGACCUGGAAGAUCCACCUCUAGAGUCAUUUUACAGGAAGCACUUUGACACAGAAGAGAAUCGAGUGAAUCAGCUCUUUGCACAAGCCAAAGACUGCAAGGUGCUGGUGGAGAAAUGCACAGUUACCAUUCAAGACAUUCAAAACCACCUGUCCCAGGGUCACGUAGCCAUUGUCCUUGUGAACGCAGUCCUGCUGCUGUGUGAUCUUUGCUCGAGUCCUGUCAAAUACUGCUGCUUCCUUCCCAUUGGACAGAAGUGCUUCUGCAGGAGCCCUGACUACCAGGGCCAUUUCAUUGUGUUAUGUGGCUACAACAAAGCCUCAGGGAGCAUUUACUACAACAACCCUGCCUAUGCUGACCGAACAUGCUGCACCAGCAUCAGUAACUUUGAGGAAGCCAGGACAAGUUAUGGCACAGAUGAAGAUAUUCUGUUCAUCUACACAGACAGCUGACACCCACCCACCCACUCCUGCUCCUUCCUGCACUGCCUGCAGGGCAGCUGGCUGCUCGUCUCAGGACUCCCCUGCACACACCUCACUCCUGGACUGCAGUGGGACCUUCAACAAGGGAGGCUUUACAGACAUUGACAGGACUAUAUUGCAAUGCUGUCUUUACCUUUUUUUUCUUUUUUUUUUUUUUUGAUUUUGCAAUAUCUAUCUUUGCUUUUUUCUUCCCCGAAUUUUCAAAACUGCACAUUUGACACCAGUUCUAAAAUACAGGCCCAGAGCCUGUUCACUUUCAGCUUAUUUUCAAAUUAAUUACAUAAGAAAAAAAGCACCAAACUUAUGAAUUUCAGCACGUGGUACUGUUUGCAUAGGUUUAGGUAAACAAAGGAAAAAUCAGAAAAUACCUGUUUCUCUCUCUGUAAAAGCAUGAAGGGCUGGUCUUCAUACAAAACCUAUGGACUUGAAGUUCAGCAGAAUAUUGUAAAGGAAAAAAAUAUUAACUUAAACCAUUUUUAAAUAACAAAAAAAUGCCUUGCUGGUUCAUCAGUAUUGUCUGCAAUGUAGGAAACUUCCCAACUACCAGAUUCACAGAGAUUUAGCAUUUAUGCAACUGCAAUACUGGAAUUACUCCCUUGCACUACAAACUCAAUCUCUUUUGGCUAAAUCCUCUUGGAUGACUGCUCAGAGCUCCAUAUUGCUCCAAAACUUUAAGUGGAAAGAUCUUAUUUGCACUUGGAGGUCUGUAGUGCUUUUUGCAAAAAGCUCUGAAUGUUAUGCCACCCACAUGUGCCAGUUUCUGCAGAAUCCAUUCUAAAUAUGAACAUUCUAAAUAUUUAAACUUAUUAAGCAAAUGCAGAAAAUUAUCAUCCACACUAAUGGUAUAUAUUUUAUGUGUAAAGUGUAAAUAUCUGACAGCAUCUACUGCAUUGUAUCUAAAAUGCUAAAUCAUAAUUUGAGCCAAAUUUUGCUGUUAGUAUUAGUUCAGUGACAUUCUCAGAAGAGCUGAAAUCAAUUGAGGAAAGAGGAGAUAGACACACACCUUCUACACGUAAGAAGGCAGGAACUUAGAUUGUUCUGGCUCUUAUACUGCAGCUGUAUGUUGAUUAAGUUGUUGCUAUAUUGAGACAUGAAGUCAAAUUGGUAGCAGCCUAUUCAUAGCCCUUUCCUCUGUUACCUGAGAAGCACUCUGAAGUGUAAGAAAAAGCCACUUUUUUCAGCUUCAUCCAUCCUAAUUUCUUAUAAAUCUCAAUCUUCAGUCCUUCCUAUAUGAAAGUGAGUAGAAAAAUCAGCACUGACAUAAAACUAGGAAAAUUUGCACUUAAGGCAGAGAUGCCACAUCUCUGGCAUGGUUUUAGGAAAAGAACUGUUCAAGUUCUGAAACUGUGGAUAUAAUAAAUAGGAACCUACUUUCAGCAUAGAAAGUUUUUUUAGCAAGAUAAACAUUUUUUUUAUCAGUUGUUGACUAACUGAAAAGUAUACAGUGUUGAUUAAGUACUUAGUAGAAUCAAGAGUGCUCCUUUGUACAAAGGCAGAAAAAUAGUAACAGACAUCUAAAAUGCAGUAAACCCUUAAAAAAAUCCAAACAAAAGUG